CCUCUUCCUGCGGGCGUCUGGGAGUCUGGUGUCUGGUGUCCCGGCGCCCUGGGAAGGCCUUACACCCCCGAUCUCCUGGGAGCCCCCGCGCCCGGUGCCCCCCUCCGGAGUCCCUCACCCGCGGGGCUCCUGCAGCAGCACCCCCACUCCCACCCCAGGCCCCGCGCCCAGCAUCCCGGGGAGGACACCGGACCCGGGUGUCCCCGCGCGCUCCGUAGAGCCUCGAUCCAGGCCGCGGGAGCGCGCGCAGAGAGCGCCACCUUCCUUACCCUCUGGGCCGGCGUCAUGGCAGCCCCGGACCUGUCCACCAACCUCCAGGAAGAGGCCACCUGUGCCAUCUGCCUCGACUAUUUCACUGACCCGGUGAUGACGGACUGCGGCCACAACUUCUGCCGUGAGUGCAUCCGGCGUUGCUGGGGCCAGCCCGAGGGUCCGUAUGCGUGCCCCGAGUGCCGCGAGCUGUCCCCGCAGAGGAACCUGAGGCCCAACCGCCCGCUCGCCAAGAUGGCAGAGAUGGCGCGGCGCCUGCACCCCCCGUCGCCGGUCCCGCAGGGCGUGUGCGCGGCGCACCGCGAGCCCCUGGCCGCCUUCUGCAGCGACGACCUCCGCCUGCUGUGCGCCGCCUGCGAGCGCUCCGCCGAGCACUGGGCGCACCGGGUGCGCCCGCUCCAAGACGCGGCCGACGACGCCAAGGGGAGGCUGGAGAAGUCGCUGGAACACCUGCGGAAGCAAAUGGAAGAUGCGUUGCUGUUCCAAGCCCAGGCUGAGGAGACCUGUGCCUUGUGGCAGAAGAUGGUGGAAAGCCAGCGGCAGAAUGUGCUGGGUGAGUUCGAGCGGCUGCGGCGCCUGCUGGUGGAGGAGGAGCAGCAGCUGCUGCAGAAACUGGAGGAGGAGGAGCUGGAGGUGCUCCCGCGCCUGCGUGAAGGCGCAGCCAGGCUCGGCCAGCAGAGCUCCCAGCUGGCCGCACUGAUCGCUGAGUUGGAGGGUCGUUGCCAGCUCCCGGCUCUGGGACUUCUGCAGGAUAUUAAGGACGCCCUGCGCAGGGUACAGGACGUGAAGCUACAACCUCCAGAGGUGGUUCCCAUGGAGCUGAGGACCGUGUGCCGGGUCCCGGGGCUGGUAGAGACCCUGCGGAGGUUCCGAGGGGACGUGACCCUGGACCCAGACACAGCCAAUCCUGAGCUGGUCCUGUCUGACGACAGGAGGAGCGUGAAGCGGACUGACCAGCGGCAGGCCCUGCCCGACAGCCCCGAGCGUUUUGACCCCGGCCCCUGCGUGCUAGGCCAGGAGCGCUUCUCCUCUGGCCGCCAUUACUGGGAGGUGGAGGUCGGGGACCGGGCCAGCUGGGCCCUGGGUGUGUGUAGAGACAAUGUCAACAGGAAGGAGAAGGGGGAACUGUCUACUGGCAACGGGUUCUGGAUCCUGGUGUUCUUAGGGAGUUUCUACAAUUCCACAGAGCGUGCCUUCUCCCCGCUCCGGGACCCUCCCAGGCGUGUAGGGAUCUUUCUGGACUACGAGGCUGGACAUCUCUCGUUCUAUAGUGCCACUGACGGGUCGCUGCUGUUCAUCUUCCCUGAAACAACCUUCUCUGGCACACUCCGGCCCCUCUUCUCACCUCUGUCAAGCAGCCCAACUCCUAUGACCAUCUGCCAGAUGAAAGGUGGGCCUGGGGGUGCCCCAGUUCUUCCCUAGUGCCUCAGACCCUCUCCAGGGAGCAGGGUGGGGUCCUUUGAGCAAAGGAAGGAACAUAGUGCCUUUCUGAAUGCACACUGGAAGCCUAAAUUCUCACUCGGGGAAACUACAGGUGGGAAGGGGGUGCUCUGGCCUCACUGUGGGGCUCCUCCAGGCUACCAGUGUCACUUAGUGCCAUGAGCCCUCACCAAAGCCCCACGUGGUACCAGUACUUCUGGCUCAAGGUUCCAGGAGUGUCACAUACUUCUCCCAGAAACAGAAUCCACAGGCUGUCCACACAGGCCUUAGGCCCAGGGAGCCAACAUCCAUCGCUGGGAAAGUCCUGGGUGGAGCAGCUGGGAGUGAGGAGCCGGGGCCAGGCCCACCGUCCAGGGUUUGGUCCCAUAAGUGGGAGGGAUGAUAAGAGCCUCAGCACCCUAGGUGUGGCUACACAAAAGAGUUAGGGCCAGGCGUGAUGGAGCACACCUUUUAACCCCAGCACUGUGCGGGCUGAGGUAGAAUUGCUGUGAGUUUGGGGGCCAGCCUGAGAAUAAUAGUGAAUUCCAGGUCAGCCUGGGCUAGAGUGAGACCCUACCUUGUAAAACAUAAAUAAAUAAAUUAUUAGGGGACAGUAGUUGAUCCCCAGAGAGGAAGUGACCCAGGCCCCUGUGUACUAGGCUGGUCUAUGGGACCCAGCAAGGGAGUCUGUCAGAAGCUCCCACUCGACCCCACAAACAAGUACAGAAAUUUAUCUUCAGCACCUGAGUGAGGUACAAGGGUGACCACAGAACUCAAGUGACAUGUGAACGCGUAGCUCUGUUCUGGAGCUCCUCUGAGUGUCCAGGCUGGCUGCUUGACCUUUGCAGAGCCUUCCCUGGCGCCCUCCUGGCUGCCAAGGUCCUCCAUCCAGGGGUUUGCUGCCGCCACAGGUUGCUUGCCUUACAGAGGGACAUCUGCACGGUCCCAAGUACACGGUGUCCAGGAGACUUCUCUUGUGGUACACUUUGGGGUAUUUUAUCUUUAUUUAUUGAAAGGGUAGAAUCUUUGCUUUAAAUAAAUGUCAAUUUGGA